AUGGUCGGAAAGGCAUCACAACGAGUGGAACACAUAAUUUCCCUUAAAAGUCGUCCGGAUGAUGUGCUCCUUUGUACGUAUCCGAAAUCAGGUACUCAUUGGGUGUUUAAUAUCAUCAAGAUGCUACGGUCUAACAGCACUGAAUACAGCGGAUCACCAGACAUGCUUGAAUAUGCAGAUUUGGCCGAAAUUGAUCUGAAGGACUCUCCCAGAACCUACCACAGUCACAUGACUUAUCCUUUAAUCCCUGGGGCGGCAAAAGAUGGGAGAAUCAAAAUAGUGCAUGUGUUGAGGAACCCAAAAGAUGUGGUGUGCUCAUUCUACAAAUACCAGAAACAGCUCAACAACAAGCUGUAUAAAGGAACAUUUGAUGGAUUUGUUAAUUUCUUCCUAUCGGAUGACUUUCCACACUGUGGAGGUACUUGGUUCACAUACGUGAAAGAAUGGGCUGAUGCUAGGAGGACGAACCGGGACCUGGACAUCAUUACCUUGCAUUAUGAAGACCUGGUUCAGAAUUUAUAUUCCAAUGUCGUGGACUUAGCUAGAUUCCUAAAAGUGGAACACGAUGAUGCCUUUCUGAGACAAGUGGUGGAGGCUGUGUCGUUUGAGAACCUCAAGAAAAGUCAUGCUACAGGCAGAGGGGCCAAAGAUGCGUUUAAGGACUGGAUCAGUGAUGGCAGAUUACCAAUUUAUCGAAAAGGAAAGGUUGGUGACUGGAAGCGGAUAUUGACGGCGGCACAAAACACAAAAUUUGACAACGUAUAUCAGGAAAAAAUGGCUGCAAUGAAUACUGAUAUCGAUUUUGUAUUCGAAUGA